AUUUUUUAUUUUGACAGCUGUAACAAUUCUGUGGGUCAAAAAUCAAAUGUGAUUUAUAUCUUCUAGUAAAAACUAAUUUUUGCGUAUAAUAUAAAAAAACACUUCAGUGUUCAAAUUGUUACCUUAUAACAUUUAAUCCAAUUAAAUAUACUUAAAUGUUGUCAUCAUCUUCAGACAGUGAGGACUCAGUCCAGUCUGAAGAGCAGAGGGACUCAAUUCGGGAUGAUCUUAGUAAAAUGAGCUUUGAAGAAAUUAUGAAAUUAAAAGAGGAGUUGGGUGCAAAAGUAUACAAUGAAGCAAUUUUGGGAGUAGAUAAUGACAAAGCUGAAAAGUCAAGCAGGAACAAACUUAAAUCAUUUAAGCGAUUAAAUAAAAACCGUCCACGCGAAUUGUCUGCUAAAAGACAGGUGCCUUUUGUAUCUAUCGAACAGAUGAAACGAAAUAAAACCGACGAGAAAUUGCGUGAUCCUCGAUUUGAUGAAAAUUGUGGAGACUUUAAUGUAAAACAUUUCAAAGAAAACUAUAAAUUUCUUUCUAGAAUUCGCCAAAAGGAUAUUAUAAAAUUACGCAAACAGUUACGAGAAACGACUAACAGCGAUGAUCGUAAGAGUCUGCAAACAGAGAUACAAAAGCUAGUUAAUAAAAACGUUGAAGAAAGAAAAUGGCACAUAAAACAACAGGAGCUGAAACGUGAAAAAUUAGAGAUUCAAGACGCGAUUCAGAAAGGACUUAAGCCGCAUUAUAAAACAAAAAAGGAGCGACGUGCUAAAGAAUUGGUCACCCAGUUCGAAAAGCUUAAGGAAUCGGGUAAACUCAACAAGCAUUUAGAAAAGCGUCGGAAGAAAAAUGCUGCCAAGGACCGAAAACAACUUGGAAUUGCAUAGCAUUAUUUUUAUUUUUUUUCAUAUAGAAAGUAUUUAUUAAAUAAACGUAAAUCAAAACUUAA